CUUAUAUGUUUAUGGCUAUCAUAUAUGCAAUUGAAAAUAAACUUUAUUCUUGCAAGAAUACGGAAAAAUUUGCAUGGUGAUGUUGUAUCUUAUGAAUACAAAAUACCAUCUGAUGGUUUAUUUAAAUACAUAGCAGGUCCAUUGCAAUUAUUUGAGAUACUAAUAUAUCUAAUGUUGUCUAUAAUUCUUUGGCAAGCUUCUACAUAUCAUUAUGUUACUAUUUGGGUCAUACUGAAUCAGGUGGAAUGUGCAUUUUUAUCUCAUCGAUGGUAUUGUAAAACUUUCAAAAAUUAUCCAAAAGAAAGAAAGAUUUUAAUUCCUUAUAUUUGGUAGGAUUUAUUU